CAGUGUUCCGCAGAACAUUCGAGAGGUCCCCAAAACCCCGCGAGGACGUUCCAGAGCCCCCUCCCCUCGGAGCCUGGCGCCUGCACCCUUUGGACGCGUUUGGGUGUGUAGCUGCCGAGACCAGGAACUAGUCUGCUGCAGUCGACUCUACACCAGAACCAACACCGGCACCGACCACCGUUCACUGCGGCUCUUGGACGAUCAGCGUUGUGUUUAUGUCUUUGUUUUGCGAAAACGAGCUGUUGCGCAGCCGUUGGAACCUGUGUGGUGGAAAUCUAGCCUUCAAGCAAGCAGCCUGCGGCCACAGCGGCACGGCGUCUUUCAUGUCAGAGACCGAGCGCGCUUGCAGUCGUUUAUGUCAUCCCCUCUUUUCCAGACAGAAGAUCCCAAAAAAUCCCCAACCCAGAUCCUUUUAUCUCACUGACAGCGCCACCCAACAGCCAAGAUGUCUGUCAAUGUCAACCGCAGCGUGUCCGACCAGUUCUAUCGCUACAAGAUGCCCCGUCUGAUUGCCAAGGUCGAAGGCAAAGGGAAUGGAAUCAAGACGGUCAUUGUCAACAUGGUUGAUGUUGCCAAGGCGCUGAACCGCCCUCCAACAUACCCAACCAAGUUUUUUGGUUGUGAGCUCGGGGCUCAGACGCAGUUUGACAGUAAAAACGACCGUUACAUCGUCAACGGAUCCCACGAGGCCAACAAGCUACAGGACAUGCUGGACGGAUUCGUCAGGAAGUUUGUUCUGUGUCCCGAGUGUGACAACCCUGAGACCGACCUGCAUGUGAACCCCAAGAAACAAACCAUCGGUAAUUCCUGUAAAGCCUGUGGAUACCGCGGCAUGCUGGACACCAGACACAAGCUGUGCACCUUCAUCCUCAAGAACCCACCAGAGAGCACUGAAGGCGGAGCGGUUGUAAAGAAGAAGAAGAACCGCAAGAAGGACAAAGAGAACGGAUCCUCCAGCGGAGAGGCGAGCCAGGAGAACUUUGACGCUCCUAAAGCUGUGGACGGAGACGACGACGACGAGGACUGGGCGGAGGAGACGACGGAGGAGGCGCAGAGGAGGCGCAUGGAGGAGAUCAGCGACCACGCCAAGAACCUCACGCUCAGCGAGGACCUGGAGAAACCGCUGGAGGAGAGAGUCAACCUGUUCUACAACUUUGUGAAGCACAAGAAGGAGAACGGGACCAUCAACUGCGCCGACAAGGAGAUCCUGGCGGAGGCGGAGCGUCUGGACGUGACGGCCAUGGGCCCUCUGAUCCUCAGCGAACUGCUUUUCAACGAGAACAUCCGGGACCAGGUCAAGAAGUACCAGCGCCACUUCCUGCGGUUCUGCCACAACAACAAGAAGGCCCAGAAGUACCUCCUGGGGGGCUUCGAGUGCGUGGUGAAGCUGCACAAGGUCCAGCUGCUGGCUCGGGUCCCCAUCAUCCUCAAAGACCUGUACGACGCAGACCUGCUGGAGGAGGACGUCAUCUUCGCCUGGGCAGAGAAGGUUUCUAAGAAGUACGUCUCUAAGGAGCUGGCCAAAGAGAUCCACGCCAAGGCGGCUCCCUUCGUGAAGUGGCUGAAGGAGGCGGAGGUAGAGAGCGGAGCCAGUGAGGAGGAGGAAGACGAUGAGAAUGUGGAGGUGGUGUACUCUCACUCCGCCCGUGAGCUCAGAGUUGAGACUGUGAAACCCGCCGCGGGUAAAGAAGAAGAAGACGACAUUGACAUCGAUGCGAUCUGAUUGGCUACUUGUGGCUUUGACUGUUCAUGCUGGCUGGCUCCUCCCCUUUACCAAGCCCCUCCCCCCCCCCCCCUGCUUCGUGUCAUGACUUAACAUA